UUGAAAAUAAUUCUCCUUUGCUUACCUGUGCUCUACUAAUCACUUGUGCUCUCUCUUUCUCGUCACAGCCCUCGCAGGCAGGCAGAUAUUAUUAUCCCCUUCUUGCUGAUGAGAAAACAGUGAGGAGAUGAGUUGCAAAGUGUUAGAGUGGGGAGCCGAAGCAGGCUCCUGGCUCUCAGCCCCCAGCACUUUCUACUAUCUUGCAAGAAAGCCUCAGAUGAGAAGGGAGCAGCCCUGUGUUUGCUCCAAAUCCUGGCUUCUCAUGCAUGAUAUCAUAUCCAUCUACAAGGUACUCCCACUGGCCAGAUUGCUAGACCAGAUUUUCUUUAAGAUUCAGUUCUCAAAGUUAUCAGAAAUGCAUUUUGGACCCUGGCACCAUCAGCCUGUGGCCCGCCUCCCAUUGCUCUGUUUUUGCCUUUCUUCAUGCACAAGUAGUUUCGGUCUCACUUAACGGUCUUCCUCCACUUUGGCAACUCCUUGAGUGGCUGCCUGGCUCACCCGGGGAACGAAGCUGAAAAGCAGGUGUUCUUUUCCACUCAGCAGAUGCAAAGGCGAUAAGCUGCACUUUUUAGAGCCUCCUGAGAGACUCAGACACCCUGGGCUAGGCAACUUGGAUCUUGUCCAAUUUCCUCCUCUCCAGCCGGCUCGGGCUCCAGCUCCGGCUAUGGAUGUGUGUCUGAGCUCCGAGCAGCAGCCUGGGCGCCCGGGGGAAGGACCAAGCUCCCCAGACGGCUGGCUAGAGGCAGAGGAAGAGACUGUCCAGAAAGAUGGUAGUAGUGGACCCACAGGAGAUUUUAACAGCAUAGAACCAUCUCUUCAUAGCCUCCAGAAAUUUGUUCCUACAAAUUAUGCCAGCUACACCCAGGAGAACUAUCUGUUUGCAGGCAAGAAGAUUGUCCUUCAAGAAUCAAUAGAGAGUUACGGAGCAGUGGUGUGGCCAGGGGCUAUGGCUUUGUGUCAAUAUUUGGAGGAACAUACAGAGGAAUUGAAUUUUCAAGAUGCUAAAAUACUUGAAAUUGGUGCUGGACCAGGCCUUGUUUCCAUUGUGGCCAGUAUUUUAGACGCUGUGGAUAUAUAA